UUCACGCCUCGACACUGCUCCUGUGAUCGACCUUGUUCUGUUGCUGUGACCGAACGAGCCAUAUGGAAGUGUCGCUGGGACCACGUUGACUAACGGCGCCCGGCGAGGCAUCGUGACCGCGUCCAACCCGACUCUACGGAAAGAAGAAAAGAAGAGCUUACAGGCUGCUGCUGCUGCUUCCCUGUAUCAGCGGCCACAACGGUGCGUGCCGUCUCCUGGCGAUUGCGGUGUCGUCGUAUCAUCCUCCCUCCUGUUUUCACGUGGUGGUGCGUGUGGCACCCAUAGUGAUGGAGCAUGGGGGGAUGCCUCAGUCUUGACGAUGAGGAGAGGAAGGCGCGCCUGCGCAGUGCCCAGAUCGAUCGGCAGAUCGCCGAGCUCGCACGACAGGAGUGCAAUGUCAUCAAGAUCCUGCUGCUCGGUGCUGGGGAAAGCGGCAAGAGCACCAUCGUGAAGCAGAUGAAAAUCAUCCACAGCGAAGGCUUCUCCGAUGAAGAGCUGCGCAGCUUCAGGCCGACAGUGCUGGACAACCUGCUCGGCUCGAUGAAGUAUGUCCUGACAGGCAUGGGCAUUCUGCGCAUCAACCUUGAGAAUCCCAAGAACAAGAUGUAUGCGCAGACAGUGCUGAGCUGUCAGUGCUGCUUUGACGAGAGCAUGACCAUGCUGCCCUUCGUGGCGUCCGCCCUGAAGAACCUCUGGAACGACAAGGGUGUCCGGUUGGCUGUCGCACGGGGCUUCGAGUACGAGCUCAAUGACUCCGCGCUGUACCUGUUUGAGAACAUGGACCGCGUCUGCUCGGAGAAGUACAUGCCGACGCCACGGGACGUACUCAGGGCCCGAGUGCGCACCAACGGCAUCAUCGAGACCCACUUCAAGAUCGACGACAUUGUCUUCAGGAUGUUUGACGUGGGUGGCCAGCGGUCAGAACGGCGCAAGUGGAUCCAGUGCUUUGACGACGUCAAGGCCGUCCUGUACGUCGUGGCCCUGAGUGGCUACGACAUGACCCUGCAGGAGGACCCCACUGUGAACCGGCUGCACGAGAGCCUGAAGCUGUUCUCUUCCAUCUGCAACAACAUGUUCUUCACCGACACGUCCAUGAUCUUGUUCCUGAACAAGUUGGAUCUGUUCCGAGAGAAGAUCCUCUAUUCGGACCGGCAUCUGCGGUACUACAUGCCGGACUACAAAGGCGCUGACUACGACGUGGACAGUGGCGCACUUUUCAUCCAGCACAAGUUCCAGAGCCGUAACCGGGACCCGAACAAGGUGGUGUACCCUCACUUCACCACGGCAACCGACACCAGCAAUGUCCAGGUGGUGUUCCAGGUUGCCAUGGACACCGUCCUGAGGGGAAACCUACGCACUGCCACGCUUCUUUAGGUGACCCCUCUUGACACGGUCACUCCUUGAGCAGUUCGUAAAUCGAAGUGGUGAUAGAUGGCAACACUGUGCUCGCAAACAAGAGGCGGCAUGUCGGUGAUCUCGGGACAGUGUACACAGUUUCUCAUAUGCUUCGUGGUAUGCAGCAGCUGCCUGUAUAUGUGUACGCUCGCUUGCAACGGUCCAUUCAUGGGAUGCGGGCAGCAAAUGUGCGCAGUUAGUGGAGUUUGUUGCGUUUCUUUGUACAUUUUCCCAUGAUUUGCAUCUGUACGUACUACAGACGUCUGUACCACUCGUGGUCUCAUGUUUCCAUGCUGAUGGCAAAAGAGAUGCUACAGUGUUCAUAUUGUAAUCUUUAGUUGGCAGUGUUGCUUUAGCUGGCAGAAGGAAAUUUUGUGUCGUCCAUAAACGUAUUACCCUUCGUUGAAUGCCGUGUUACCAUUGAUGCAAAUGUGAGCUGCCUUUACGUUGGUGUCAUCCGCCUCGGUGGUACAGUGGUUACGGGGCUCGGCUGCUGACCCGAAAGUCGUGGGUUUGAUCCCGGCCGCGGCGGUCACAUUUUGGUGGAGGUGAAAUGCUAGAGGACCGUGUACUGUGCAAUGUCAGUGCACAUUAAAGAACACCAGAUGGUCGAAAUUUCUGGAGCCCUCCACUACGGCGUCCCCCAUAAUCAUAUCGCAGUUUUGGGACGUAAAACCCCAGAUAUUAUUAUUAUGUACGUUGGUGUCAACUGGCGGUGCAGAAUGUAAACAAAGUACGGAGCUUAUUGCAUGUUGUGUUUAGCUGUUGGCGUAAAUUUUUUAUUGCCGUGCAGUUAAUAUGCAGCCUUCGUCCAUGCAGUGCAAGAAAUUUACUUACAGCAUUGAGAUUGGGCAAAGCAUUACGGUACAUCUCUACUAGUGUUGUUGCUGCAAUUAACGUCUCCUGUAACACAGCAUAUCACGAAUGCUAAUGUGUUCAUGGAUGCAGGCACGAAAGUCAUUUGAAAAUCCAGCCUAUACAUGCAAUAGCAUGGAACACCAGCCACUUUUCAUAGGAAGGCAAUACAUCAAUCUGUGAUGUGGAGCUAUGCCUAUCUGGUUACCUGGUUGCUCAGUGUAAUAACAGAUCUCUCUUGAGAAUCUCCAUUUCAAGAGUGCCUUUCCCCUCACUCGUACUUCAUUAAUCUCCAAUAAUUACGCUUGCCAAAGCAUCAUUGACCUUUUGGCAAAUUCUCCGUUAUACACAUUGCUUUGCCAAGGAUGGUUGAAAAAGAAAUUGCUGGGGUGUAAAUCAUGUCCUGAAAAUGAUAUCAGGCUUCCAUCAUCUUACCGAUGGCAUAGUAAGGUGUUAUCUUAUUAGUGAAGAACAAAGGAAGCACUUUCCUCCCACUCCUUACGAGAUUAAGAUGGCUAAUAUUGUCAUAAUAGUGUUACUCAACACACAUGUUCAUGUUAUUGCUGCUAGAAUGAAGACUUUUAGGUCUUCGCAAAUUUUAUAGAACAUAGUGUCGGUAACGCUCACUGAAACAUACUUUUUGCCAACUCUGGUCACGAACAAACAACCGGUUCUAAUUUUAUAAUUGGGCCUGCAUUUACAUUGACAGAACAAAAGCAAUUGUACAUUGACAGAACAAAAGCAAUUGAUCUGUGAGCCAGCUAGUUGCGCGCACUGCCUGAUUGGCCUGCCUUGCUCUCUCUUCCUCCUCAACUCCAGCAACUUCCUUUAUUUUAAAGAAGAUAUGUCUUUGGGUGUUGAACAAAAAAGCCUGAAUGACAUUGCACAUUUCUUAAAGAACAUGUAGCUUGCGUGCAAUAUAGUAAUCUCUGUUCUCACCACCUUUUCCACGUGUUAGUGUCUGAGCGGCAUUGGUAAUUGCCACUUUCAAAUUUUCUUUCGAACUGUUUGGUAGUGGAUCUUCAUCCCCAGUGUGGUCAUGGGCUUGCCCCUUUGUAAUUAAGGUUAUGUCAACUGGGCGGUGGCACUGUGCAAUAUUACGGUUUACUGCUUGCCCCAAGCAGAACUGGCUGUAGCUUGCAGGCUGAACGAAAAUUAUUGUUGGAACGUUUGUCAUUUCUUGUCAAUUUUUGCUGCACAUGUUUCAUAAGCACAUCUUUGGCUGGUCACUCAAUAGAACUGGGAAGUACAGCUGCAUAGUAGUAUUUGGCUUGUUAAAAAAGCAUAGCCCUCAUUAGUCCCGGUCUUAUUCGAAUAGUUGGCACCAACAGAACGCUCCAAACGUACAUAUUCACCAUUUUCCGAGUGUUUUCAGUCAAAAGCAGUUGUGAGAUAUGUUUGGUGCAUGACCACGUGAUGUCUAUGUGGUCACCCAUUAGUUGAGGUGGUACUGUGUAACAUGUAACAGACUGCUCGUCGAAAUUGUGUACUGGGGUCCUUUCCUGGCGUUGUUUUUUGUUUGAAAAUCGCACAAGCAGCCAUUUCAUAAGUGACCAGCUGAAGAUACUGUUACCGAGUACAACCACAGUCAUUCAUCCUUGAGCAAGGAGGCUUGAGUGCCACAGUUGGAUCAAAAGCAGAGGAUAUCGCAUCAUGUAUUUUUGGAACAGUAUAUACAUUAGUAUUUUGGUUGUGGUUCCUAUGUAACAGAUUUGUCCGUGAAGAGCAGUCUUCCUCCUACUUUGCUCACGAUUAUGCCGACCAGUGCGGUCGUUGGUGUAUUCUAUAUAAAGCUCACACGGGUUGCCAAGUGCCUUUGUGGAAUCAGAAUCUCUUGUAAGGAUGAUAUCAAAGAAUACGCCUCGCGUUUUCCAGAUGUGUGUGUUUUCCGUGCACUGAAGCAGUGGGCAUGGCGGCUAUAGAAAACAAAUUUUCUUUCUAGAUUGUCUUGGUGACUUGUUCACGUGAUCUUUUUUUUUUUUUUUUUGCUGACGACGUCAGGGAGUCCUUUGUGGACCCCGGCAAAAAGCACUUUUGUGUUAAAAAAAACUGCGUAGCCCUACUUCUGGUUCACCAUUUGGCCACCAAUCAUGACUGUGUUUCAAGCAUUUUAGUGAACGCGUAAAGUAAGCAUCGACUGUGCCAAUUGCAUGGUGAGCAUACUGUUAAGCUGACUAAAACGAUUCCAUGCACUUCAUUUGCGCUGGUGUUAGUUCGGCUGUCAUUCUGGUAAGCUGAUCCAACUCUGAACAGUCCUUGAAUUUGAGUUCAGCUCACAGUUGCAAGCUGAUGCAAAAGAAUGACCGUUUAGCUGCGAAACACCCUCAUGAACUUCGCCAAGCUGUUGAAAGAAUCAACUUGUUCGCCUAAGCAUCACUUGGCCAUUGCCUGCAAAGUGAAACGACGGUGUUGUAGUUGCGUCGUCGUGUUCGGUUGUCAUUUCGGUUGUGAGCACUUUUUUAUCAUCUCUGCGUCAGCCAUUCAUAACUGAGAAUCAUCGUCACCACAAGGUUCACAGGGUAGCGUGUGUGCCACACUAGCGACGAAUCUGGUUCUGGUGCGCAUCGCGAACAAAAACCGGUGACGUGGCUGUUGUGAGACGCCAAGUGUACCGCUUCACAAGACUUUCCUUUAAUCUGUCAUUAUCUGUAAUAUGGACUUCAAUUCUCAGCGAUUUCCUUGGGCUGUCCUUGUUUUUUUGAUAAUCUAGAUUUCUGGAAGACAUAAAAAAGCUUGCAGAUCAAGUUGAACCAGAACAAUGCUUGUUAGUAUUACUUGAUAUACUGGAACAACUUCUUGCUUUCAAGUGCAGCGGCUUAGUGAUGUUACGUCCCACUCAGCACAUUAUGUCAAACCUGACGCCAUUACGUUAGUUUUUUUGUUUUCUUUCUUCGUUCUUCAAGGUUAUUUUUUUCUGUCUUCAAAUCCUCUCAUGCUUACUUCAGUGAUUACCUAUUAGCUAAGGUAUGAUGUCAAAAUGGAGAGAAUGGUGCAAUGUAUUAUGAGCAACGUUUAUCAUGCCUAACGUCGCUGCGAUGCAACAUUCAUGAAUUCUGCCCCGUGUUGAUGUCGCAGUAACGUCCAUGUUGCCGGGAUCCAGCGCUUAUAGACCGACUUUGGUUUCAGAUUAUCUCACCCAGACGUUUCCCGUUCUUCAACGCCUUCAAGUGUUGUCCGUUCGCACGUGGGAAGCAGAUCGUGGAGAUUCUGCAACUUAGAAAUUAGUCAUCUUGCGUGGCAGUAGCCUGUGCUUGCAAUUCUUUGAAAUAUGUUCAUUAGCCAGUUUUCCUCUUCCUCCUCGAUUCCAUUCCUUAAUUUAUUGGUCAUACAUUCACUUAUGUACAAGGCGAUGCAGAGACCUUGCUUGUUUUUUUUUUUUUUUUCUUCUCAAAAAAGCGUCGUUUUACUGUAUGGUUGUGAAGCAUAUAUACACAUAUUUAUUAUCAUCAUUUCGAGAUGUCUUGUGGUUUGGAAGCCACAGAGCUAUAUUUUUCUUCUUAUAAGUAGAAUUAUUCACCCUUUCUUUAAAGCAAUAUGUGGAAACUGGAGAUUUCACUGGGAGCUAAUAAUCUCAGUGCAGCACGGAGUAGGUAUUUAUGAUGCAAAAGGAAAUGACGCCAAAGAUCGAAAAUUGAAAAUAGCUCAAAAUCUACCUUCCAGUGCUGUUUUGUUUGGAAUUGAUAUCCGUCUUUUGGAAUUGAUAACCAUCUCUUUGGGUAAGGUCUAGAAUUCUUUGUUCUUUAAAGUACAUUUAAUUUCCUUUCUUAAAGGGGUACUGACACCAUAUUUCGAAGGGAAGUUUACUCUUCCAUACAAAUCUCCUGUAUACAGAGACUGCUCUGAGCAAGUGUGAAGCUCUGAGCAAAUGCUCGUAAGAUACUUUAUUUUGAUAUUAACGUAAAUUUUCCCAUGGCACACCUACUGACAUCAACACUAGCUUGACGAUGGGCUACAGUACUAAUUCUAGUGACUUCACGCAGCAGUCUGGCUGGUUGUGAUGUCAUGUACCAAAACAUCCAAAAUGGCCGCUUGUGCAUCACCAAAACAUUCAAAAUGGCCGCUUGUGCGUCACCAACUGAGCCACAGGGCAGAUCGGCCGUGGAAACGUCACGACAUCUUGCGCAAGCACGUGACGAGACGCGUAUACCGUGUUGUGACAUCAGGGUACAGUAGAAACCUGAAACUGGCUUUUAAAAACAGGGUGUGAUUACUUUUUCAUGGUGCACUCACGCUUAACAGUACACUUUCUAGGCUCUUGAGGGCUUGGCCUUUUGUUUGAUACAAUUAAACAACUGAAAAUUUUCGUGUCAGUACUCCUUUAAACCUAACAUCAGACUUUCACCUUCAGGCUUCUAACUGCAUGCAACUGAAAAAGCAGAUGGGUAUGCCACUUUGCUAGGCAUUUUUUUUUUCUUUUACGCUUCGGUGGAGGAUGUUUUACACUUGUAUUUCCUGUAAGUGUGUGAAUGACCUGUGUGUUUUCACACUUAACACUAUUGCUUAAGUGUGUAAGCAACAGCUUGAACAAUAGCCUAAGCUAUUGUAAGCAACAGCUUAAGCAUUUGGUUGCUUAAUCUGUUGCUUAAGUUAGGUCGCACUUAAGCUAUUGCUUAAGUGUGACCACAUAUGCUAUUGCUUGCACACUUAAGCUAUUAUUUAAGUGUGUAAGCAAUAGCUUAAGCUCUUGCCCUUCUAUUAGGAGAUCACUUGGGCCGCUUGGUGGCCAUGGCAGAUAGGCUUUCCUGUUUGUACUCCUUUAUAUUUUUUUUCAAUUGUUAUUGUUGUCACUGCCAUGUGUGCCUUAUGUAUUGUUAAACUCCUUUGUGGGCGGUAUCUUUGUUGGUGUUGUGGUCGUUUUGUUGGACUUUGGGUGGGCCUGGCCGGGUGAUCUCGGGGUUGCACUGUUGUGCGCCUCCUGUUGAUUUCAAUUAAGUGAACAUUCGAGCGACCUGUCAGAUUACCUGUUUUGCUAAAAUCUUUCUACUACUAGGCUGUCUGUGAAAAGUGCAUACAGUCGGUCACGAAGAUUUACAGGAUGCUGGUCUCGCUUCAAAAGCAAACUUUUGGUUUGUUAACUGGGCGACUUCUGAUUUCAUAUAUCACUGUAUAGGUCGCAAAAACACCAGCUGCUGUGACUUAGUGGCCGAGGUGUUGUACUGCUUAGCACAAAGGCGCAUGCUCGAUUCCUGGCCCUGGCUCAUUUUGGUGGGACGAAAUGCAGAAGCACGUGUACUUCGAUUUUGGUGGUUAAAAUUAAUCUGUAGUCGCCCACUGUGAUGUAUCUCACAACUGUGUCAUGAUAUUGGCACAUAAAUUCCCAGUGGUUAUGGGUAGUAAAAGCUACUGCACAUUAAAACAUUUAGUUUAAGGCUCCAUGCGCAGGCGUGGCGAAAACUCAGCUGUUUGAAAGCAAUCGUGCGGCUCGUCAAUUUUUGUGGUUGACUGUAUGAGCCAUGAUGUAGGAAGGUUUUAUGUAGAAGGCCCCAUGAUGUCAUUCAUUUAGCGCUCAGCAAUUCCCUUUGUGUGUUUUCAAGAUAGUUCCAACUGUCGGAUGUCCAGUUCUGAAGUCCUCAUUUCAUGUGUGGUUGUGAUGCAGCAUUUUUUUUAUGCUGGGACUGGUUUUACGCGUGCCUGUGUCGGUAAUGCUCAUUGUAGCAGGGGUUGCAGUUGUCGCCUGUACCAACGGGUUUGACGCAGCCCUGUUUCACGUUUGCGUCGACGUGACAGUUGUCGCAAAAGUGAAAAAGAGAAAGCAUUUACAAAACCUCUUUGCUUUGUACUCGAACUAGGUUUUUGGAGUUGUGAGACGGUUGACAUCUGUGCAUUUGCAAGACAAUUGUGCUGGUAAUGUUUUUUGCCUGGCACCAUUGUAAUCAAGUAUUUGAUGGUGAGCUGAAGCAGUGUUUUUCAUGCUUGGCGGCUCGGGACCAAUUUACACGGAUGUACACGUGCCUCAAGUGCCAUUCUUUUUACAAGUGUCUACAUUUAUUUCGUGCAGCUUGAAUUUUUUUUUUUCUGCUUGUAAGGAGCUGGUGGAGCUUAAAUAUUGAUCUCUUUUAUAUGGA